CCCCCUCAUUCUUUUUCUCCUCUUCCCUGGCUCCCUGUCACCAUCUGUGGAACAGUCAUUCUCUGUCACUCUCCUUCCCACCCCCUCAUUCUUCCUUUCUCUGUUGUUACCUCUUUCCCUGCAUCACUCCUUCUCUCUCCCCUUCUCUUUCUCUCCUUCCUCCUUUCCUCCUGCUCCUCAGACAUCUCUCCGUCCCUUGCUAAGCACUCCCCCUCCAUCUUGCUACCCACUCAUUGUGUCUUUCCCACCCCUUCAUCCUUUUAUACCUCAGUCCUCUCCCCCUCUCCCCUUACCGAGUUUCCUUUAUUCUCAUUGGCUUCUGAGGCUGCCCAACACCCUCAGGAGCUUUCCUUUCCUCGUGGAGGGCCUCUCCCUAAAUUCUUCCCCCCUUCACCAACAACCCCCUCUUGACUUUUUCUCGUACCCAGGAGGCACCUGAGAGAUGUGGGGAGAAUCACUCAGCAUCAAUGGGAAGGCAGGGAUGGAGACCAUAUGGGAGACCCUCAGCAGACAGGUGUGACCAUUUCGGGGCUAGUGGCGUGCCCCCUUGUGGGGCACAGCUGCAUUCUGGAGGCUGGGCACUGGGAGGCCAAGCUUCAACAGGAGACCAGACCCUAAAAAUCCCCUGGGUCCAGGGAAGGAGCUGUGGGAGCACCUUAACCCAAAUCAAAGGGAAUCAAGGGAAGAUAAAUCGUCGAAGGAACCCCUCAUCUGACGAGAAGGAUUGGAGCAGAUUGUAGCCCUCAAAGGUGACUCUGCUGACCGCCAUCUUUGUCCCUCUCCUGCUCGGCUGGCCUCUCCAUCCAGCAUGGACAUCGCCAGCUCCCCUUCUCCAGCGUCUGCAUCCUCAGAGCCAGAGAAUGCCUCUCUCAGCUGGCCAGAAGACUCUUUCAUGGGAAACCUGUCCGCAUCCCCAGGCAGUACGGGUCUGGACGUGAGCGGCGUACUGAUCCCCCUGGUAUACCUGGCGGUGUGCGUGGUGGGCCUGCUGGGCAAUUCCCUGGUGAUCUACGUGGUGCUUCGGCACACCGUGAGUCCGUCGGUGACCAACGUCUACAUCCUCAACCUGGCCCUGGCUGAUGAGCUCUUCAUGCUGGGCCUGCCCUUCCUGGCUGCCCAGAACGCCCUCUCCUACUGGCCCUUUGGCUCUCUGAUGUGUCGCCUCGUCAUGGCCGUCGACAGCAUCAACCAAUUUACCAGCAUCUUCUGCCUGACCGUCAUGAGCGUGGACCGCUACCUGGCCGUGGUGCACCCCACCAGAUCGUCCCGCUGGCGCACGGCUCCCGUGGCGAGGGCGGUGAGCGCGGCCGUGUGGGUGGCCUCGGCGGUCGUGGUGCUGCCUGUGGUCGUUUUCUCGGGAGUCCCGCGGGGCAUGAACACCUGCCACAUCCAGUGGCCGGAGCCGGCCGCCGCCUGGCAGACGGGCUUUAUCGUCUACACGGCGGCUCUGGGCUUCUUCGGGCCGCUGCUGGUGAUCUGCCUCUGCUACCUUCUCAUCGUGGUCAAGGUGCGCUCGGCCAGCCGGCGAGUCCAGGUGACGUCCUCCAAGCGGCGGCGGUCGGAGAGGCGGGUCACACGCAUGGUGGUGGCCGUGGUGGCCCUCUUUGUGUUGUGCUGGCUGCCCUUCUAUGUGCUGAACAUCGUCAACGUGGUCUGUCCCCUGCCCGAGGAACCCUCCCUCUUUGGCGUCUACUUCCUGGUGGUCGUGCUGCCCUAUGCCAACAGCUGUGCCAACCCCAUCAUCUACGGCUUCCUCUCCUACCGCUUCAAACAGGGCUUCCGAAGGGUCCUGCUUCGGCCCUCCAGGAGGGUCCGAAACCAGGAGCCACCCACCGGACCCCCUGAGAAAACGGAGGAGGAAGAGGAAGAGGAGGAGGAAGAGGAGGAGGAGGAGGAGGAGGAAAGAGAGGCCAGAAAAGCCAUGAAUGGACGAGUCAGUCAUAUCAGCCAGGCGGGCAAUGGGGGGCAGGAGCAACCACCCUGCAGACCCUAUGGCAGUGAACAGAAGCCUUUCCCAGAGGAGCCACCUGGAGGGGAGAAAUCCAGCACUCUGCAGACAAGCUAUUUGUAAUCAGUGGGGCGUGACUGGACAGGGAACGAGAGGAACUGGGGAGAGGAUGAGAGGGAGGGGGUUUGGGGUGUCACCGAGUGGGUGGGGAGACCAGGCAUCCAUAAGACCCAUCUCCACCCCUGGAUGACCACUGAGGGAAAAAAUAGGGAGUGGUGGAAAAAAAGAGAUAGAAGCCUGUGUGCCAGUGGUGAAGGUGGGAGAUAAAAUUCUGUGUGUCGGUGGCCAAGU